GUUUUGGAAGCAACAAUUCCGAUUUAAGUGCUCCACCGCCGUCAACCGAGCUCCACCGUAAUUUUUGUUAAACGCGGACGCUUCGUUAUUAUACAUAAAUCAAGAAAAAUCAAUUCUGUUGCUAAAGUGCGUGCAAUAAAAGUGUCAAAUUAAGAUUAACGAAACCCCUCCAAAAAAGAAGUUUAAAAUGGAGCGUAUUUUGAGGGGAAUUAUGAGGUACAGGAAUACCACACGCGAGCAAAUGGUCAAAGAGUUCCAGAAAGUGCGCGAUAAUCCAGAGCCCAAGGCCGUAUUUUUUACUUGCAUGGACAGUAGGAUGAUUCCCACCAGGUACACGGACACCCAUGUGGGCGAUAUGUUUGUGGUCCGUAAUGCUGGCAAUCUGAUACCACAUGCCCAGCACUUCCAGGAUGAAUACUUCAGCUGCGAACCGGCAGCUCUGGAAUUGGGAUGUGUGGUGAAUGACAUACGACACAUAAUUGUUUGUGGGCACAGCGAUUGCAAGGCCAUGAAUCUGCUUUAUCAAUUAAGAGACCCUGAUUUCGCAUCCAAGCGAAACCGUCGCCUUUCACCCUUGCGAUCCUGGCUGUGCACCCAUGCCAACACUAGCUUAGAGAGGUUCCAGGAGUGGCGCAACGCCGGCAUGAAGGAUCCCCUGAUCUUCUCGUCGGAAACGCCUCUGCGUCGCUUUGUGGCCUACAUCGAUGAGGAGCAAAAGUUCGCCGUGGAGGACAAGCUGUCACAGAUCAAUACACUGCAGCAGAUGUCCAACAUUGCCUCCUACGGAUUCCUAAAGGCUCGACUAGAGUCCCACGAUCUGCACAUCCAUGCCCUUUGGUUUGACAUUUACACCGGUGACAUCUAUUACUUUAGUCGUGGCGCCAAACGAUUUCUGCCUGUCGAUGAGGACACCGUGGAUCGAUUAUCCGAAGAGGUCAGGAGAUUCUAUUCGUAGGCACCGCCGGCGGACGAACUGGAUUAUCUGUGAUAUGUGGGCCUUAUACCGCGUUCGGCAUUUACAAGUGACAAAUUGUUAGGAUUGUUUUGUGUAUUUAUAAGUGUGUAAUUGUUUUUUGUAUAUAAACUUAAGGCCUACGAAGGUUUCAACUUA